AUGACCGCGAUGUUACUCGAUCAGAUCCAAGAUGGCUACCCCGGACUUGCAAAGUUCAUAGGACAGGAUCUGGACCAAGGACUUAGAAUCUUCAAGAAAUUCGCCGAGCUGAAUGCUCGUAGUCUGCUGUAUAUGCAGGCUGAGCUUCUCUGUCUCGAACAAGAGCUGGAUGUUAUUACUUACGUCGACGAACAUGGUACGGAUGCCAGCACAAAGAACUUUGCCAGAAGUGUAUGGGAAAUGAAGAAGCCACCGAACAAACCUCAAUGGGAAAAAGUCCUAGAGAUUAGGAGGAAGUUGAAAGACUACAGUAUGAAUCUACCGCGCUCUGGAUUGUUAGGCUGA